AACCUCAUAGAGGAUACCUCUAAUGUUGAUCCGUGCACAAACAAAAUAUAAUCGAAUAAUAAUCGUUGACAAAUGAAAAAGCAUUUGACACAAAUAAAAAGUCAGUGUUUUAUUUACAUUUUUUAACAUUUUAGUAGUUUUUUUAGACAAAAUGGCAGGGAGAGGGUUUCCAAACUUGCUGAAACAAGAAAAUCGCUUUGCAAAACCGGACAUUGAACGUUUGGGACUCUUCCGCGAAGAAACUGCAUUACUAGGAAAAUAUUUAGAACAACCUUUGAAUGUUCACAAAGGACCAACGAUUGUAACAUCUGGUCCAAAGAUAAAAGAUGGAACGUCUUAUGGAUAUUUUGACAAAGACCUUAAAAGGAUUUUUGUUGGGGAAGCGAUAAAGGGAAGAGGGCGAAAACCGAAACCUCAGCCAAAAAAUAUAACGACAAAGGCUUUCAUGCCUGGAGACGGUUCAAAGUUACAUUCAACCCCGGGAGAUUAUUACGGAACCUUCGGAAAGUAUCCGUAUUUCAGCGCGUUGUUAAAGAAAGACAAAAAGCCGAAAGUUCCAGAUGGCAAAAACUUCGUUACGAGAAACCCAAAAAAAGGCGGACCCGGUUAUGUUGACAUCACAAUUGCUCCCUAUCCGACCAGAAUUGAGAAGAAAAUUAAACAAAAGAAAUCAAAAGAUUACGGUCAGAUUCUAAAUGGACCGAUGAGGACCAGCAACUAUCCAAAAGCAUAUUUCGACCCGAAUCCCUACCAGGACCCUGAAAAAAUGAAAGGUUCUCAAUAUGUUAGACCAAAGAUUCAGCCCAGCAAAAUCAGACCGCCGGGUUAUUGGGCGCAACUUGGACCCAACAAGCUGGAAGGAAAAGAAUAUUUUAGUCCGUUCACGAUGUUGAAGGAAAAGUACUUGAACCAGUACGAGUCGGAUAAAUUGUUGGAGAAGAAGUUUCGGAAACCGUAUAGAGCUGGACCAUGGAUUCCUCAAUCUUGGACCGAGAAGAGCAUGUACACCGCUUCUGUGAUUUCCAGUAACAUGUUUAAAAUCAAUUUACAUAAUUAUUCUCAGGUUAAGCCAUUGUACAUCAAAUAUCUGACCUGUAGUAAAACAUGGUGAUUGGUAUUUCAUUAUUUUCAAUAAAGACGACACAUAAUUUCAAACAUUUUA